UUUAGCCUAUCACAGGUUGACCGGAAUUCCUCCGGACGAAGAAAACGCCAUGGCUCACAAGUUCAGUGGGGACUUUGCGGUGCGAACCGAGUUUGAGGAGAAUGAGGAUGAUGAGGCGGAGAAGUUCCAGCAGGUGCGUAAAGAGUUCGAGGAGAAUGAGGAUGAUGAGGCGGAGAAGUUCCAGCAGCUGAGCAAGUUGAGGAACCAAUCGUGCGCUCAGCAUGCGAUCCCGCAGGAAGCGAAGAGUCCCACCAUCGCAGCUGGAGAGCUUAAGAUGUCGCCCUCCUUGACCUCGGACAGCCACAGCUCGAACACCGACAAAGAGACGCUUGGUUUCGAGACAGACUCGCCUGUUCCCAAGUCCGUCAUGGCAUCUGGGGAGUGGACGAGGACGACGCUGGAGCUUCCAUCCACUCCGAUCAACUCGUCGAAACGAGCAGCUGCUGGAGGGAUGAGCAACUUCAUAAAGGUGAAGCGAAGAGAUGAUUGGCAAGAUGAAAAGACCCUGCUCCGCCGCCGGGCGGCCCGCUUGAUCAGCUCGCCCUAUGUGGCUAACUUUAUGGCGAUCAUUGUGAUCGUGGACUCUUACUGCACGUGCGCGGAUAUCGAUGCACGUGCAGCAAAUCCAGAUGACGGACGACCGGACGUUUGGAUCACACGACUCUCAGAGAUUUGUUUGGUUCUCUACACCGUGGAAUUGGUCCUGCUCUUGCUUUUGAAGGGCGUCUCCGUGUUGAAAAAGGAUCUCCUGAUGACAGUGGAUGUUCUAAUCGUGGUGUGUGGAUACACCGAGUGGUUCCUGGGGCAGUUCCUGCCGGAAGUCCUGGGAAAUUUGGGUGUCCUGCGGACGCUACGCUUUCUUCGAAUCAUCCGUCUUUUGCGUCUCUUGCGGAAGAUCCACGGGCUGCGAGAGCUGCAGAAACUCGUCAUCAUGAUGGCCACGUGCUUGAAGACUUUGGCGUGGUCAUUUCUAUUCUGCUUUGUGAUCAUGACAGUGUGGGCGAUGCUUAUGGUCGAGUUAGUGCAUCCACUCAUUGGAGAAAUCUACAAAGAGAAUAGCACAUUUGCGGAGGAGUGUCCUCAAUGCAUUUCAGCAGCUAGCUCUGUGAUGCAUGCGAAUCUGUUGCUCUUCAAGACAGUGAUUGCGGGUGAUAGUUGGGGGUUGAUCGCGGUGCCGGUGAUAGAGCGCUAUCCCGCCACGGCCUUGAUUUUCAUGGGCUCCCAAUUAACCAUCGUCUUCGGAGUCUUGAACCUCAUCGUGGCCGUGGUCGUCGAUACCUUCGCGGAGGCGCGUGAGCGCGACGUGCUCAAUCUGGCGGAGGAGAUGGAACGGAACCACGAAAACGACAAGAAGUUCCUCCAGAAGGUCUUCGAGCGCAUUGACGAAGACGGGAGCGGCGAGCUGACACUGGAAGAGCUGGUGGAAGGAGCUCGCCAGGACCCUGAGUUUCAGAGUCGUUUGCGGGUGAUGGACAUCGAUGAGGUGGAUUUGCAGCAGCUCUUUGAAAUGAUCGAUGUAGAUGGCAGUGGAUCCAUAGAAGCGCACGAGUUCAUUGCACCCUUGAGCCGGUGGGUGCAUGAGUCCAAGACGGCGCCGAGAUUUAUCAAGUACAACAUGUUGCGGAGCAUGCAACAGCAAGACGAAUUGUACAGACAGUCCUGGUACCAGUUUAAUGCGCUGAGCACCAAACUCGAGGAGCUCUCAAGCACCGUGGAUCAUUUGGCCCAUCGGGGUCCUUCAGAGUCAGUGGCCCCGUCGGUGCCGUCAGAGAUGUCCUCUCCUGAGGAGGCGUCGCCCAACCAUCGCUCCUCACGGCGCUCCUCGCGGCCCUCGCGGAUGUCGGACCGGACUGCCUCCUUGGACGAGGUCGAAGGCAUGAUGUCGCCGCAGGAGAAGGCGGAAGACGUGGCCUCAGAGCAUCCCGAGGGCCCAGCAGAGCAGCCUCAAGCUUCCUCCCUGAUGUUUGAUUGGCGGCCCGGCCCCAGGCCUGCGCGGAACCGCUUGGGCAGCGAAGAGGGUCACUUCGUCAGGAAACAUUCCCUCGAACAGAUCCACGAAAACCAGCGAUCGUCCUCGGCUUCGACGGGUCCCGGAGCUUCCGCGGUGGGCACGCUGGAGAUGUCGGAGCUCUCGGCUGCCUUUCAAUCGAACUCGCGGCUACUGAAGGUCCUGAUUGUGGGAAUUUCAGGUAGAUCAGGUAGACCUUUGCUCCUGAACAACGGCUGAAGCAGUCAUCAACGAUCCUCAGCCCUCCGUCAGCGAGGCAUGCGAUCCAUGAGGAGUUGGGUGCCCGAGGAAAUCCGUCACUGAGCCACGUUGGGAGUCGUCGCGGGAGCACGACCCUGAAGAAGAAAGGGGACUCCACAAAGAACUGGCUUUUGUCCCACACUCGUCACGGUUCCUCUGGACAUGAGGAUUCAGCCACGAGAAGGAGCAGUCGAGAGAAUACUCGUCAAGGUUACGAGGUCACUGCGAAGGCUUCGAAGGACUCCAAUACAAGUGAUGCAGACAGGGCCAACAGCCCCAAGCAGGAGGAGGAUGGAACUGGAUCAGCUCAAGUGGAGGCGAUAGGCGAACGCAUCACCCGAAGUCGACGACGAAUCAACACACAAGAACUACCGCGGCCAAUGUCGCGACGUGCAGCAAGAAAUAGUCUUGCCAACAACGCCUUCCGUUUUUCAGCAUUUCAGGACUGAAGGCGCGGCUUGCCUUGAGAAUCUUAUUUGUUGCC